CUGCACACAGUAUGAGAUGAAUAAAUCCAAUUUUAAGAUGGAGAUUUCAUUGCUUUCCCUAUUUGAGUAUUCUUUGCUACAAUGGGCGCACGAGCAGAUCCCUUGAUAUGAUUCGGGUCAAAUAACCACAACCAAUUUAAAAAUGCAAUAGUUUUAAAUGAUGAAAUUAUGUUUGUGAAGUACAGAAUUUGUAUUUCUUACCUGAAUUUUAUGCUGGGAGUCCAGUGGGAUGCUUUGUCACAGUUGAAACUUCUUUCUACAGAAAAAUUUCCUUAAAUGCUGUUGAGAUUUUUUUGUUUUAAAUUUCUUAUUGAUGCCCUGGAAGUAUUUGGAAUUUUGAUAAUUCAUGUCUAUAUGAAUGUCUUGUAUCUGUAGGAAAUUCGUCCAUGGACCCAUAUGAUGGAAGUACCACAGUUGCAUGGCUUUGGGCCAGCUGCCAAUCGCUUGUUGGAGGCUUAUAAAACGCUUUUGAAGUUUCUCUGGAACUUGAGGAAUCUCAAAGAUUCACAUGCUGCUGUUGCUGUUGGGUCGGCUGAAUCAGCACCAGAUGAACACUCUUCUGUCACAAGAAUAAUUGCCGAGUGUGAGUCAGCAUUGACAUUUUUGAAUCGUGAUCUUGGGAUCCUUUCUGCUUCUGUUGCUCGAGAACGGGGUGAAGAGGCACAAUAAUAUGAAGAUGUCCUCAGAAUGUGGGUGUGUGUGUGUACAGUCUAGCUUCUAUUCAGGGCAUGUUUGUAAAUGGAAUGUUCUGUUUUAUUAUCUUUGGCUAUGAUUGGAAUGAGCAUUAAUUACUGGUUUAAUUGGAGAAGUGUACUCAAACUUCACUAAUCCUUUUCCCAACUAAAUUGAUUCGGCCAAGCAUUUCAUA